GACUGCGAGGCGGCCGCAGGCCCCGGGGUCUCCCGGUUGGUGGACGUCAUCUCCAGCGAGUUCAUGCAGGCGGACCCCACGGCCAACGCCGAGGAGGAAACAUUAGCUGAGCCUGAGAUCUCUGGGCUUUGGAACGAAGACCACAGGCCGCACCAGGUGCCCAAGGAGGACGUGGACCGAAAGCCCGUAGGGGGGACGAAGAUGGACAAGGACAUCUUGGCGCGCACAGUGGCUCGGCUGCGGAGCAGGGUGGUCCAGAAGCAGGUGGUGUUGGGGCGUGAGUUCCAAGGACGCCCCUUCAACAGCAAGCCAGAGCUCCUCCACUUCAAGGACUUUGAUGUUGGCAAAGUGUACAAGAAAAAGAUCACUCUGGUGAACGCCACCUACACAAUCAACUACUGCAAGCUGGUGGGCGUGGAGGAGCACCUCCGGGACUUCAUCCACGUAGAGUAAGGGGACGGCUCAGACAGGG